AAGAAUUAAUGAAACUAUUAGGUGAUUAGUAUAAGUGGGACUUUUUCAAGAAUACAAAUUCUGAAAAGAUUAAGUGUCAAUAUUAUUGCUCGACAUAUAUCCUAAUUGUGGAUACAUUCGGACUCAUUCUUGUUAUUUGAAAAAUCAACAAAUAUGAUAAUACAAUUUCAUCUUAUAUUACAUUGAUAUUUCGAGAUAUAAUAAAUGAAGACAACUAUGUGCUCAGACUUAAGAAAUAAUUAUUCUUCUCAAAAAUAUACGCAAAGUGCCGAGGAUUUACUAUCGCUUGCAAUUAAUAUGACGGAGCCGAAUUCGAGUAGUUGGAGACGAACAAAAGAGCUUGAAGAUGUUUUGAAAAAUCACGAUGUUUUUGAAUCAGAAGUGGAAUCGAAGCACAGAAUUGUUGUAUUAAACCAAUUAAAUACGCUUGUUAAACAAUGGGUAAUAGAUCUGAGCAUUGCAAGGAAUAUGACUCCGGAAGAAGCAGUUAGAGUUGGAGGUAAAAUUUACACAUUUGGAUCGUACAAAUUAGGCGUGUAUCACAGAGGUGCUGAUAUUGACGCAUUGUGCGUUGUUCCUCAACACAUACAUCGAUCGGAUUAUUUUACAUCCUUUUUUGAAUUACUUAAGAUGCAACAUGAAAUCAAGGAAUUAAGAGCAAUCGAAGAGGCAUUCGUACCUGUCCUAAAGAUGAAGUUCAAUAAUAUAGAAAUCGAUAUGCUUUUCGCUAGAUUAGAAUUAAAUGAAAUAUCAGAAUAUUUAGAUUUGAGAGAUAAUAUGCUGUUGGCGAAUCUCGAUCCGAAAUGCGUCCGAAGCUUAAAUGGCUGCCGUGUAACAGAUCAAAUACUCCGUCUCGUUCCCAACAUUGAAAAUUUUCGACUGGCAUUACGUGCCAUAAGAUUAUGGGCAAAAAAAAAAGGCAUUUACAGCAAUAUAUUGGGUUACUUUGGCGGUGUGUCCUGGGCGAUAUUGCUUGCAAGGACGUGCUUACUCUAUCCGAAUGCCGAUGCGACAAUAUUGAUAGAGAAAUUCUUCUUAAUUUUCUCGUUGUGGAAGUGGCCAGCGCCUGUGUAUUUAAAGCCGCCGGAGGACGUUAAUUUGGGCUUUCCGGUUUGGGAUCGACGGGUUAAUAUUUUAGAUAGAGAUCACUUGAUGCCCAUUAUAACACCUGCGUAUCCAGAACAAAAUUCCACAUUCAAUGUAUCCGCAUCCUCGAAAGCCAUUAUACAAGAAUCAUUUGAUAAUGGUCUAUUAAUUAUCAAAGAGAUCAUGAUGGGCGUGACUAAGUGGGACGCAUUAUUCGAGCCAGCAUUUUUUUUCGGUAAAUACAGACACUACAUUACACUGUUUGUUGGUAGUCCAUCGACGGGACAUCAUAUCGAAUGGUGUGGAUUCAUCGAAGCGAAAAUACGACAUUUGAUAGGUACCUUGGAGAGAAAUCCAUAUAUUACGUUGGCACAUGUUCAUCCAGAAAUGUUUACACCAUUAAAAUUAAAUAAAACCAACCACUGCUGCUCCGUAUGGUUUAUUGGUUUGGCUUUCAAGAAGGGAGAAACUUUAAAUAUUGACCUAACAGAUGAUAUCCAGAUUUUUAUCGAUACAACAAAAAGACAAGCUGAACAAAUUAGGUUGCUUAAAGAAGAUAUGACUUUAGAGGCAAGAUAUAUAAAAAAGAGGGAAUUAAAGAAUUUUAUUUCACCUUCAUUAAUUAAAAGAAAGAGAAAAAUUGUAAUAUUAUUAUAAUUUUAUACGAGCAGAUGUCGACUGGAAUUCAAGAAUGCAAGAACAUUAUUGAUAAUCGAGACGGGUCAUCGAAAGGUCAAAGUGACUUUUCAUUCGGAAAAAGGAAAUUGGAUCAAUUUCUUGAUAGCGUUGAUAAUCAUAAUUACAAAAAGCUAAAAAUGCAACAUACUAGCUUCAAUAGAAUUCAAAAUUAUCCCAAAGUCGUAUCAUUAUA